AUGGCUGAUCCACUGUUCCAAGAUCUUAUUUUGAAUGAACUGCUCGAUGUUGGAGCAUUACGUAUCAAAGUUGAUGAACAACGUGGUCGACAAGCCGAUGAUGAGAAUUUUGACAGGAUGUUUGAACUAGAAGAAAAAGCCGAACAUGAUUGGGCUGGCAUAUGUGAGUAUCUUGAAUUUUCAUUUUUCACAAAUAAUCUGUUGGCAUCAUUGGUCGCCGAUUGUUCAUAUGAGCAAGUGUCGUUGCGUGCACUAAAACAAAUUCAUCGUUUAACAACGAAUAAAAUCAAAGAGAUAACAUGUGAACAAUGGAAAAAACAAACAUCAACAACUAUUCAACUGGUUCUCAAACAAUUAAGUAGAAAAAUUGAAGAUAAAGGUCCGUUUGACCAUUUUUUUGUUACUAUAUUUGAAUAUAUGUAG